GGACAUUACAAACAACAAACUUCAUAUCCUGCAGAAUACUGUGCUUUGGAGAGACUACAAGGAACAAUCAAACUUAAAUCUACACUUGUACAGGGAUACUACAGCCAUGCAUAAUAAUAAUAACUAAAUACAAGAAGUCCAGGCUAAAGACUGAGAAUGUGACCCAAAUGUUAAUUAAAUAAGAUAAUAAACUUAUCAAAAUAAGUAUGAUGGUGAGAGAAACAAAUAUAAUAAUGGAUUUUGAAUGUAACAUAUUCCUCAUGGGGUUGGGGACUCUUAAGAAAGCAGGUCCCAUUUCUGAAGUUAAGAAAACACACAGCACAUAAUUGACAUUAUGACUAAGCAUUAAAAUAUAUUAACCACACCUUCUUUACAUUCCCUCUUGGAAAUUCAUUGCCACAGAGAACAAUAGUGGCUAUUUAAACAUGAUGUAACACUCACCUGAUAUUUGGAAAGCUCACUGUCCUAACAAGAGAAAUGAAUGUUUUAUUAAUUGUUACAGUACUUUGCAUUGGCAGGCUUUGUCCUGCUUUGUGUGGAGUUAAUUUAGGCAUCUGCAUCCUGCAAGGUGACCCUCAGCCACCUGCCCUCUUCAAGGAUGGAGACUUUGUUAUUGGAGGGGUUUUCUCUAUUCAUGACUAUCUGAGGACAGAGAAGCACACCUAUACUAGACGGCCACAACCACUAGAGUGCAGUGGGAGCGUGGGUUUCAGAGAGAUGCGCUUUGUUCGUGUCUUUGAGUUCGCCAUUGAGGAGAUCAACAACAGCUCUGAUCUCUUACCGGGCGUAACUUUAGGGUAUCAUAUAUAUGACUCUUGUGCUUCUGUGCCAAUGGCAAUCAAAGUAGCCUUUCAGCUCGUCAAUGGACUAGAUCUCAUAUUUAACGACACUGAUUCCUGUGCAAAAUCUGCAGCUGUUACAGCAGUAGUCGCAGAAUCUGGCUCCACGCCGUCUAUAAGCAUUUCAAGACUUCUCGGUCCAUUUGGAAUUCCACAGGUAAGUCAUUAUGCAACAUGCGCAUGUCUCAGUGACAAGCGGCAGUAUCCUACUUUCUUCAGGACCAUUCCCAGCGAUCACCAUCAAGCAGCCGCACUGGCACGGAUGGUCAAACACUUCGGAUGGAUGUGGAUCGGGGCUGUGCGCAGUGAUUCAGACUAUGGGAACAAUGGCAUGGCAUCAUUCCUGAAGGCUGCGGAGGAGGAGGGAAUCUGUGUGGAGUAUUCUGAGGCCUAUUACAGGACCCAGCCGCGCAGUAAACUGAAAAGAGUCGCUGAUGUCAUUCGCAGAUCAACGGCUCGUGUAAUAGUUGCCUUCUUGGCCUCAGGUGACAUGAGAAUCCUCUUAGAAGAGCUGAGUCAGCAGCCUCCCCCUCCGAUGCAGUGGAUUGGCAGUGAGGCAUGGGUUACAGACCCAGAAAUGCUGCGGUUUAAUUUGUGUAUUGGUGCUGUGGGCUUUGGAAUCCCACGGUCUGUUAUCCCGGGUUUUCGUAACUUUCUACUUGACCUCUCUCCAGAACAGGCACUGAAAUUUCCCCUGCUGACAGAAUUCUGGGCAAGCUCAUUUAGCUGUAGUCUAAAACAGCAUACAGGUUCUUAUACUGGAAUGCCUGCAUGUAAUGGCACAGAGGCUCUGCAUGCUUUACAGAACCCGUACACAGACACGUCCCAGUUACGGAUCACUAACAUGGUGUACAAAGCCACAUAUGCUAUAGCUCAUGCCCUUCAUGGCAUUGUAUGUAAGGAAAAGCACUGUGACAAAAACAUAAAAGCUGAACCCCGGCAGGUUUUUGAACAGAUCAAGCGAGUGAACUUCACUAAAAAUAAUUAUUCUGUUUCAUUUGAUAUCAAUGGAGACCCUGUGGCCACCUAUGAACUUGUGAACUGGCAGCUUCAAGGAGACGGUUCAAUUGAUUUUGUGACAGUGGGUCAAUAUGAUGCAUCCCAGCCUAAAGGCCAAGAAUUCAGUUUGAGCAGAGCUAUCAUUUGGAAUGAUGGCAAGAAAAUAGUGCCUGUGUCUGUAUGCAGUAAGAGUUGCCCUCCAGGUACUAGGAAGGCUGUGCAAAAAGGAAAACCUGUCUGCUGUUAUGACUGCAUUAACUGUGCAGAAGGAGAAAUCAGCAAUGAGACAGAUUCUGUAGAUUGUUAUCCAUGCCCUCCUGAUUCCUGGCCCAACAAAGAGAAUGACAAGUGUCUUCUUAAACCAGUGGAGUUUCUCUCUUGGGAUGAGAUCCUUGGUAUCAUCCUCACAGUUUUUUCUAUAGCCGGAGCUUUAGUGGCUUUGAGCAUGGCUUUAGUGUUCUACAAAAACAAGGCAUCUCCGAUAGUAAAAGCCAACAACUCAGAACUGAGCUUUCUGCUGCUCUUCUCAUUGACACUGUGUUUCCUCUGUUCACUUACUUUCAUUGGUCGGCCCACUGAGUUGUCCUGUAUGUUGCGUCACACAGCGUUCGGGAUCAUUUUUGUCCUCUGUAUCUCCUGUGUUCUGUUGAAAACAAUAGUGGUGUUAAUGGCCUUCAAGGCUACACUUCCAGGAACUAAUGUUAUGAAAUGGUUCGGGCCUCAUCAACAGAGACUCAGUGUUUUUGGUUUCACUCUUGUACAGAUCCUUAUUUGUGUGCUUUGGUUAACAAUAUCCCCACCUUUUCCUUACAACAAUAUGCAACACUACAAAGAAAAGAUCAUUUUAGAGUGCAAUUUAGGUUCAGCUAUUGGUUUCUGGGCUGUACUGGGUUAUAUUGGCCUCCUAGCUUUCCUUUGCUUUAUUUUAGCUUUUCUUGCCCGAAAACUGCCUGAUAAUUUCAAUGAAGCUAAAUUUAUCACAUUCAGUAUGAUCAUAUUCUGUGCUGUAUGGAUCACAUUUGUUCCAGCUUAUGUCAGCUCUCCAGGGAAAUUUACUGUAGCUGUGGAGAUAUUUGCAAUUUUAGCUUCAAGCUUUGGUCUGAUUCUCUGUAUUUUUGCUCCUAAGUGCUUCAUUAUAAUUUUUAGACCAGAGCAGAAUACCAAAAAACAUUUAAUGAGUAAAGUACCAUCAAAAGCCCUCUGAGACACACAAAACUCUCGUGCCAACUGUUUAAUAUAAAAUAUGAUACAUUAUGUGAUUUUAAUGUGUCAGCUUUCUCAUCAACUGAAAUAACUGUUUUACAUUUUUGUGCUAUACUGUACGAUUGUUUCAAAAACAGUUUUGAACAGAAAAAUCAAAAUGGAAUUCAAGAUAAAUGUGCAAUAAAUAUAGUUUUACAAUUGCAUGUUGUUCUAACAGAUGUAUAAUCUUAUGUACUUCAGUAUGUUUCUUAGUCACAAUACUGUAUAGGCAACUGAUAUACAAAUAAAACAU